CGUUCACGGAAAGAAGCCAAGCCCAAGGCACUUUUUGUUGACGAAUGCAAAAAUUGGGCGUUGACCUACCGGUUGCGGAAGUACUUGUUGACAAUAUAUUCUUGUCGAAGAUCAAGUAAAGAUGGAUGUUCAACCUCGGGAUAUUAAAGUUUUGGACAGUGUAGAGGAUAUACAAGAGAGGAGAGAGCAAGUUCUUAACUAUUAUACACAGUUUAAACAGGAGGCUCGAGUUAAGCGUCAAAAACUUGAAGAUGCCAGAUGUUUCCAGUAUUUCAAACGGGAUGCAGAUGAAUUGGAAUCCUGGAUUAUUGAAAAACUACAAGUUGCUUCUGAUGAAAAUUACAAAGAUCCGACAAAUCUACAGGCAAAGAUCCAAAAACAUCAAGCAUUUGAAGCAGAGGUUGCUGCUCAUGGGAAUGCAGUUCUAGUGUUGGACUCUAGUGGAAUGGAAAUGAUUAACAGGAACCACUUUGCCUCUGAAAUAAUCAAGAAACGACUGGAAGAGCUACAUGCACUGUGGGAGCUCUUGUUAUCAAGGCUUUCUGAAAAAGGUCUAAAGUUGCACCAAGCUUUACAGUUGGUUCAAUUCCUCAGACAGUGUGACGAAGUCAUGUUCUGGAUCAAUGAUAAAGAAACUUUUGUUACAACAGAAGAAUUUGGUCUGGAUCUUGAACAUGUUCAAGUACUACAGCGAAAAUUUGAUGAGUUCCAGAAGGACAUGGCAAGCCAGGAGUUUCGAGUUAGUGAAGUGAAUGAACUUGGGGACGGUCUUAUCAAGGAAGGUCAUCCGGAUGAAGCUGUGAUCCAGAAGAAGAAGGAGGAAUUGCAUGAUGCAUGGCAGAGACUGAAAGCAUUGACACUUCUGCGUCAAGAAAAGUUGUUUGGAGCACAUGAAAUUCAACGCUUUAACAGAGAUGCAGAUGAAACAAUUGCUUGGAUCACAGAGAAGGACUUGGUACUCUCUUCUGAUGAGUAUGGUCGGGAUCUGGUCAGCGUCCAAACACUUCAACGAAAACAUGAAGGGAUUGAGAGAGAUUUGGCGGCCUUGGAAGAUAAGGUGAUGACAAUUGGGCAAGAAGCUGAACGACUCUGUGCCAAUCACGAAGACCACGCAGACCAAAUACAAUCCAAACACUCAGAAAUAGUGUCCAACUGGGAGAUGCUCAAGGCUAAGGGUCAAGAACGACGUCAGCGACUGGAUGAAUCGUAUUACUUACAUCGUUUUCUGGCAGAUUUCAGAGAUCUUGUUUCUUGGAUCAAUGACAUGAAAAGCAUCAUUUCGGCUGAUGAACUUGCUAAAGAUGUAGCUGGAGCUGAAGCACUACUAGAGAGACACCAAGAACACAGGGGAGAGAUUGAUGCUAGACAAGACAGUUUUCGUGGCACUGUGGAAGCUGGUCAGAGGUUACUGGAUGAAGAUCAUUUUGCUGUUAAUGAAGUUAAGGAGAAACUGGUGACUUUGAACUUUGAAAAACAAGGUUUGCAGUCACUGUGGGAAGAAAGAAGGAUUCUCUAUGAACAGUGUAUGGAUCUUCAGUUGUUUUAUCGUGACACAGAACAAGCAGAUACGUGGAUGGCUAAACAAGAGGCCUUUUUAGCAAAUGUAGAUCUCGGGGAUUCUUUGGAUUCUGUAGAAGCCUUGAUAAAAAAACACGAGGAUUUUGAGAAAUCUCUUGCUGCUCAAGAAGAGAAAAUCAAAGCACUGGAUGAGUUUGCCACUAAACUCAUUGAGGGGCAACAUUAUGCUGCUGAUGAUGUUGCCCAACGAAGGGCUGCUCUGCUUGAACGACGUCUGGCUCUUCAGGAAAAAUCAGCAUACCGACGAUCGAUGCUAGAGGAUUCUUUCAGUCUGCAGCAGUUUGAAAGAGACUGUGAUGAAACAAAGGGAUGGAUCAGUGAAAAAUUGAAGACUGCUCUGGAUGAUAGUUACUUGGACCCAACCAAUUUGAAUGGCAAGGUUCAAAAACAUCAAAACUUUGAACAAGAACUAAAUGCCAACAAAAGUAGAAUUGAUGAAAUUACAAGCACAGGACAGGAAUUGAUUGAUAGCAACCACUAUGCCUCAGACCAUAUUGGUAAAAGAAUGAACGAAAUAAUCGAACUCUGGGAGUCCUUGAAAGAUGCAACUUCCAAGAAGGGAACCAAAUUGGACGAAGCUUCUGCCCAGCUGCAAUUUAACCGUGGAGUUGAAGACCUGGAGAUAUGGUUAUCUGAAAUUGAAGGCCAGCUGAUGUCUGAAGAUUAUGGGAAGGAUCUUACUAGUGUACAAAACCUGCUAAAGAAACAAAGUCUGCUGGAAGCUGAUGUGGCCUCUCACCAGGAUCGAAUAGAUGGUAUUAUCAUUCAAGCAAACAAUUUUGUUGAAAGAGGACAUUUUGAUGGAGAAUCAAUCAAAGCAAAGCAAGUAGCUUUAAUUGAAAGAUACAACGCUGUCCAUCAGCCCAUGGCAGCUCGCCGACAGCGUCUCAAUGAUUCCCUCAGAGUUCAACAGUUUUUUAGAGACAUGGAAGAUGAAGAAACUUGGAUAAGAGAGAAGGAACCAAUAGCAGCUUCGACUAACAGAGGUCGAGACUUGAUUGGUGUACAGAACCUCAUAAAGAAGCAUCAAGCAGUACUUGCAGAAAUAAACAACCAUGAGCACAGAAUUGACAAUGUUUGUCAGACUGGAGAGGAUAUGUUUAAUGAAGGUCAUUUUGCUGCUGAUGAUAUUCGUAAGAGGGUAGACUUGCUCAAAGAAAAGUGGGUGCAGCUGAAGGAUAAAGCCCACCAGCGUAAAGAGGACCUCGGCAACUCUCUUCAGGCACACCAGUACUUUGCUGAUGCUAAUGAGGCUGAAUCAUGGAUGAGAGAAAAAGAGCCAAUUGUUGGGAGUCAAGAUUUUGGAAAAGAUGAAGAUUCUGCUGAGGCAUUGUUGAAGAAACAUGACGCUCUCAUGGCUGAUCUUGAAGCUUUUGGUAACACCGUCUUGUCUUUGAAAGAUCAGGCUCAAUCGUGUCGACAACAAGAAACUCCAGUGAUUGAUCAAGCUGGAAAAGAGUUUGUUAUGGCUCUGUACGACUACAUGGAGAAGAGUCCCCGUGAAGUAUCUAUGAAGAAAGGAGAUGUCCUCACAUUACUUAACAGUAAUAACAAGGACUGGUGGAAAGUAGAAGUUAAUGAUCGCCAAGGAUUUGUUCCAGCUGCUUACGUUAAAAAAAUGGAAGCUGGUCUGUCGUCCAGUCAACAGCAUUUGGCAGAUGCCAACAGUGUCUCGGCUCGUCAGUCCCAGAUUGAGGCUCAGUACGAGAACCUUUUGUCGUUGGGUUGGGAGCGCCAUCAAAAGCUGGAAGAGACCUGCAAAGCUUAUCAGUUAGUACGAGAAGCUGCAGAACUAGGACAGUGGAUCAAAGAUAAGGAACAAGUUGCUCAAGUUCAAGAAGUCGGAGAAGACCUCGAACAAGUAGAAGUGCUUCAAAAGAAGUUUGAUGAUUUCCAGUCAGACUUGAAAUCAAAUGAAAUUCGUUUAGCAGAGAUGAAUGAAAUAGCUACUCAGCUGAUAAGUUUAGGUCAGACUGAAGCUGCUGAUAAAAUCCAGACUCAAGUAGAUGACUUGAACCAGCAAUGGCAGAGCCUACAGCUGUUGACAUCUGAGCGAGCCACUCAGCUUGGAUCAGCUCAUGAAGUCCAGAGGUUUCAACGUGAUGUUGACGAGACUAAAGAUUGGAUUCAAGAAAAAGACGAGGCCUUAAACACCGACGAUUAUGGUCAUGACUUGCGCAGUGUACAGACCCUUCAGAGGAAGCAUGAAGGCCUGGAGCGUGACUUAGCAGCAUUGGGGGAUAGGAUUAAACAACUAGAUGAAACAGCCAGUCGACUGAUACAAACCCACCCUGAAUCGGCAGACACCAUAGAUGCUAAACGAAAAGAGAUCAAUGAAGAAUGGACACAACUCACUGCUAAAGCUAAUGCACGUAAAGAAAAACUAUUGGACUCGUAUGAUUUACAGAGAUUCCUGGCAGAUUAUAGGGACCUGAUGUCGUGGAUAACAAGUAUGAUGAGUCUUGUGUCUUCAGAUGAACUAGCAAAUGAUGUCACUGGAGCAGAAGCCUUGCUCGAGCGUCAUCAGGAACACAGGACCGAAAUAGAUGCUCGUGCUGGGACCUUUCAGGCCUUUGAAACCUUUGGACACAAACUAUUAGAAGGUGGUCACUAUGCUAGUGUAGAAAUCCAGGAGAAACUUGAAACGGUGCAAGAAGCUCAUAAAGAGAUGGAAGAUGCAUGGCAUGCUCGACGUGUAAAAUUGGAUCAGUGUCUGGAGCUUCAACUUUUCUAUCGAGACUGUGAACAAGCUGAGAACUGGAUGGCUAGCCGAGAGGCAUUCCUCAGUUCAGAUGAUAUGGGAGGCGACAAUGUAGAGGCCCUUAUCAAGAAACACGAGGAUUUUGACAAGGCUAUUCAAGCUCAAGAAGAGAAGAUUGUAGCCUUGGCUCAAAUGGCCGGUCAGCUUAUUGCCGGUGACCACUAUGACUCUAAUGCUAUCAGUGAUAAAAAGGACCAAGUUCUGGAGAGGUGGCACCACCUGAAGGAAGCUUUGAUUGACAAGAGGUCUAAGCUGGGAGAGUCGCAGACUUUACAGCAGUUCAGUAGAGAGGCUGAUGAGAUCGAGAACUGGAUUGGAGAAAAGCUCCAGAUGGUGAUAGACGAAUCUUACAAAGAUCCUGCCAACAUUCAGACCAAACACCAGAAACAUCAGGCAUUCGAAGCUGAACUUGCAGCUAAUGCAGAGAGAAUUCAGACCGUUCUGGGAAUGGGACAAAACUUGAUAGACAGACGUCGGUGCGCUGGCUCAGAAGAUGCUGUCAGAGCUCGACUUGUUUCCAUUGCUGAUCAGUGGGAGUAUCUAACUCAGAAGUCUUCAGAGAAAAGUAUGAAACUUAAAGAAGCAAACAAACAAAGAACAUUCAAUGCAGCUGUCAAAGAUAUUGACUUUUGGUUGGGGGAGGUUGAAUCCUUGUUGAAGUCUGAAGAUUCAGGAAAGGACUUAGCAUCGGUGCAGAACCUAAUUAAAAAACACCAACUUGUAGAGGCUGAUAUUACAGCCCAUGAGGAUCGAAUCAGAGACAUGAACAGUCUAGCAGAUAGCUUGAUAGAGUCCGAACAGUUUGAUGCAGCAUCUGUGCAAGAAAAGCGCAAUUCCAUAAAUGAACGAUACGAGCGGGUAAAGAGUCUUGCAGCACAUCGUCGUUCCCGAUUGAAUGAAGCCAACACGCUCCAUCAGUUCUUUAGAGAUAUUGCUGAUGAGGAAUCUUGGAUUAAAGAGAAGAAACUGUUGGUCAGUUCAGAUGAUUAUGGUCGAGACUUGACUGGAGUCCAGAACUUGAAGAAAAAGCACAAGCGACUGGAAGCUGAAUUGGCAUCUCACGAACCUGCUAUUGAGGCCGUGCAAGAGGCUGGUCACAAACUUAUGGAAGAGUCAAACCUUGGUGUACCAGAAAUAGAACAAAGGCUUGAAGCUCUAGAACUGGCUUGGCUUGAAUUAAAGGAGAUGUCUAGAGAUCGGGGCCACAAGUUAGAUGAGUCACUCACGUAUCAACAGUUUCUGGCGAAGGUAGAAGAAGAGGAGGCUUGGAUUUCAGAGAAACAGCAGUUGUUGUGUGUCGAAGAUUAUGGUGACACCAUGGCUGCAGUUCAGGGACUAAUCAAGAAACAUGAAGCAUUUGAAUCUGAUUUUUCUGUACAUCGUGAGCGAUGUACAGAUAUCACCCAGGCUGGCGAACAGCUGGUGGCUGUGGGAAAUCACCACUCGGACAGUAUCAGUGAGCGUCUUCAGCAGUUGCAGAACCGUCUGAAGUCGUUGGAAAACAGUGCAGUGAAUCGCAAGAACAAACUGAAGGAUAAUUCUGCUUAUUUGCAGUUCAUGUGGAAGGCUGAUGUUGUGGAAAGUUGGAUUGCUGACAAAGAAGUUCGUGUAAAAUCAGAGGAUUAUGGACGUGAUCUAUCUUCUGUACAAACUCUUCUGACAAAGCAGGAAACAUUUGAUGCUGGUUUGACAGCUUUUGAACAAGAGGGAAUUCAAAACAUCACUCAGCUCAAAGAUCAGUUGAUUUCUGCAGGGCAUGAACAAUCUCCCGCAAUUCUGAAACGUCACAGUAAUGUGAUGGAACGUUGGAACAACCUCUUGGGAGCUUCAGAAGCUCGAAAACACCACUUGUUGAAAAUGCAAGGACAGUUUAAACAGAUUGAGGACCUCUUUCUUACGUUUGCUAAGAAAGCUUCGUCUUUCAACAGCUGGUUUGAAAAUGCAGAAGAAGAUCUUACAGACCCUGUUCGCUGUAACUCAAUUGAGGAAAUAAAGGCUCUACAAGAAGCUCACGGCCAAUUUCAAGCAUCGCUAAGCACAGCUCGGGCAGAUUUUGAAACUUUGGCUCAGCUUGACAAACAGAUCAAAAGCUUCAACGUUGGACCUAACCCAUACACCUGGUUUACCAUGGAGACCCUUGAAGAUACUUGGAAUAGUUUACAGAACAUCAUAAAGGAACGAGAUACUGAACUGUCUAAGGAAAUGCUGCGACAGGAAGAAAAUGACCAGCUUAGAAAAGAAUUUGCCAGAUAUGCAAAUGCUUUCCAUGGAAUGCUAACAGACAUAAGAAUGUGGUUACUUGAUGGAUCAUCGAUGAUGGAAGGUUCGGGUACAUUGGAAGCCCAGCUGGAAGCAACUAAGAGUAAAGCAGCUGAAGUACGAACAAAACGAGAAGACCUGAAGAAGAUCGAGGAUCUAGGGGCUCAGCUAGAGGAACAUCUAAUUCUUGACAACCGUUACACCGAACACAGUACUGUAGGCUUAGCUCAGCAAUGGGAUCAGUUAAACCAGCUGGGUAUGCGAAUGCAGCAUAACCUUGAACAACAAAUACAGGCACGCAACCAGAGUGGUGUGUCAGAAGAUGCUUUGAAGGAGUUUAGCAUGAUGUUCAAGUAA